AUGUCAAAGGAUAUUUAUGUCCUUGGAUGUCUCCAACCAUUACGCACAUUAUUUGAUUCACAUGCUUUACAUAUUGGAAUGAUUGUACUUUCUAUUAUAUUCCCAGUGUGUGUAACUGUUUGCCUCUCUCAAUGUUUGGCACGGCAAAUAGACUAUCAACACUUUUUACUUCGGAGAGAGCAAAGGCGAAUAGCUCGAAAUGAGAGGAGAGAAAAGCGUUAUUUGGAGCAGAAAGGAGAAAUUAAAAUUGUAAACUUAAAUUAUAAAUAG